GCCCCUCUUGCACUUCUCUGAUUUCCUUAUCAAAGAACCCUCUUGAUCUCUCCCAUGGCGGCGGUGGAAGGCCGUGGGCGGCAGAGGGCGAUGGAACCGGAUCGUCCCGAGCUGCCCCGCCCGCGGCCUCGGCAUCGCGCGGCGGUUCGUCCCGAGCCGGUCCGAGCACGACCCGUCGGGCCGCCGCCUCGCCCCAGGGCUCGCCACGUUCGUGCCAUGGGGGACCCCGCGGAUCUUCUCUUGCCCCCCCCUCGCCCUCGUGCUCACGCCGCCCCACCAGUGAAACCUGCAAGGUACGGUUGGCUUGCAGCUUGCCUGUAUCUCUGUGUCUGUGCUGUGCUUGGAAGAGCUGCCAUGCUCAAUAGGCUCUGGAUCCGUCCACCGCCGGAGCAGUACACAGUCCUCCCCGCCGCGAUUGUGGCUGCCUUGGUCAUCACCCUUCUUCUCCGGAGGCAAAAGCAUCCACCCCUUUUGGAUCAGCAAAUCGCUGAUGAGGCCGAGCAGAUCGUGGCGAUUCUAGCUCCGGUUCCACUUGUCCUCGCUGUGAGCAUAUUGGACGCGAACCAGGUGGGGGCAGCAGUCGCUGCGAUUCGCAGCUCCAUGGAAGACAACACCCGUACAAGCUUCGCUAUCAGUCCGCCCCAAUCUGAUUCUGACUUCGAUGGGGGCGGCUCGAGCAGUGGCAACGAUGAAGUGAACGCCAACGUUUGGUAUACAUCUAUACAUUCUCUGGAAACAGGGGAUGCCCAUCUCAUCGACCCUGUCUUCAUCGAGCAGCUCCAAGAGAUGACUGGAGGGUUGACUGAAGCUGAUGCGGUGGAAGUCAUGCGGAGAGUGUUCAGAGAUGCUCAAGAAUCUGGUGGCUUCUACAGAUUGUCCGACGUAAUGGAUAACCAACGGAUUCUCCACGCAGGCACGGAAAUCCUUGCACACCCUCAUGCCCUGACAGACAGAUCAACUGGGACAUUGGUCAUGACGUCGAAAAUUAUUGUCAAACUUCUUCAUUUGAUCUGGUUCGAGUUACAAGGGCAGAAUUGGCAGUUAAGUCAGGAAGUAAAAAAAGAAUGCUUUCGAGUGGUUAUCGGGCAAUCUGUAGAAAAGCUCCUUGAGGUUGCACUUGCAUUCAGCAAUGCAAGCUGGUCUGCUGAUCAUACUUCGCAGAUGCUGACAAUCUUCGAUGCACUUGUUGAUGUUCUAUACAAUAUAGGGGCCCUGCCUUUCAACAGAUUUGAGUUCAUUUCUAAUGGGGUUGCUGAUAUGGCGGACAUGACCCUCAACAGAUUUGACUCCAUCCAUAAUGUGGUUGCUCAUAUCUUUUGCAAGAUGGUGAUUGAUUUCAGAGGAAUACUUGAGGGGAUUACAAAUGAUAUGCACAGCAGCAGAGAGUCUAAUAUCCGUCCAACAACUGUUCUCCUCAUACGAUACCUGGAUUUUUUCUAUCGUAACGGAGAGAUGCUGCAGUCAGUACUUGGCACGGAGGACUGCACAAUUGAGCUUACCAUGAUUAAUUGCUGGGUCUCCAGGAUCAUGGAAGAUGCAGAAAGAACAUUUCAAGAUAAAGGACAGAGGUACAUAUUCCUCUUAAAUAACAUAUAUUAUGUUCUGCGUGAGAAAUGCCAUCCCGGAUUACUCCUUCCCAGUUUAGUGGAUAAUUUGGAUUCACUGAUCCAGCGAUACAUUAAGAAGUAUCUUGAUGAAUGUUGGGUUCCACUUAUUAUAUAUUUGGAUGGAGAAUCUCUGAAGAAGCCAAGCCGUUCAUCGUUGGAUAAGUUUACUGAAGAAUUCUUUAGUAUCUGCGAUCACCAGAUGACAUGGAAGGUUCGGACUGAGCUAAAGAAGGCACUGCGAGAAAAGAUAUCGAAGUUAAUUGUUCCAAAGUACGGAAACUUCUUAAAGGCACUGCAGGCAAAUGCAAGUUCGCGCUGGCCUUCUCCUCUAAAGGGGAUGUGGCUUGCCAGAUCUGAGAAACCAGUGUAUACUGAUGAACAAUUGGAAGACAUUGUGAAACAAAUAUUUGAGAGAUAACAUCCAGCUAUAGUAGUGAGGAGAGUGGGGUCAGCAGACUUUGUACAGGGUCGGUGCAAGUAUAUACUGUCAUACAGUAGCACCCGGAGAGCAUUUUGUUUGGUGAUCCGCCCGUGUUGCCAAAUGGUUCCACAUGUGUAGCAUUUUGAGGUCAUAAGCCUGCUUGCGUUAUUAGCAAGAUUCAGCGCUGGUGUGAUGUACAGUAUAAUGUAUAGUUUCUCCUUAAGUCCAUGUAAUUAUAUCUAGAACUUAAGCUUACAGUUUUGCGGUUCCUCGCGUUGUACACAUUUGUGUUCAGCUUACUAUUGACAAGAAAUGAAACGAAAAUUACACGA